AUCCCCGCCAUAGUCACAGCAACAAUGCCUCUAUCAAUUCCAGCGCCUUCACGUCAUAUCCAGAUUGAGCCUCUAACGGCGUCUUCAUUCGCACCAUUUGGUACCGUUGUGGAAAAUCCUGUGCGGUCCGCAGCACAAAAUGACCCCCGGCAACCAUCCCUUGCUGCCCCGGAUGUCGUAUCCGCAAACCAAGGCACCGCUCUGAAAUAUCUUGAUGUUACGCACAUGACAAACUUCUACGAUCUAGCGCCGAGCGGGAAGCCGGCAAAGGCUGUAAUGAAUAUGUUUGUGUGCUCGCCACGGAAGCUACGCAAUGCCAAUGGCGACCAAGUCUUCGAUGUUUCUAUCCUCGAGCGCCAUCCGUUUACAUCCCAGACAUUCGUACCUAUGGGUCUCUCUCAAUCAGACCCUUCGACCCAGUACCUUGUCAUAGUUGCACCGACGUUGCCAACGGCAUCUGGUCAAGGCGCUAACCGUCCUGCGCCAUACCCAACUCCCGAGCCUCGCAGACGACGUUCUAUCCGUGACAUCUUCUCCCGGGCCAGACCAUCACCUUUCACCAAUGAGGUUUCGGCCCCUUCAAGCGGAUCUUCCAAAGCUACCGACACCCAUGGGCCUAAAGGCGCAGGCCUUCCGGACUUGAGCAACAUCAGGGCCUUUAUCGCAAAGGGACACCAGGCCGUGACCUAUGGCGCGGGAACAUGGCACGCCCCAAUGUGCGUACUCGGGACUGACGACAUUGACUUUGUCGUGGUCCAAUUCGCAAACAGCGUCGGACUGGAGGAUUGCCAGGAGGUGGAAUUGAAGGCUAGCGAGAGAUCCGAGGGAGUCUCGGUCUUGUUAGGGGAUGGGGCUGUGAUGGAGGUUCCAUUUAAGUCUAAACUCUAAAUCUGGCCAUGAAGGGGGCGAACGGGAGGAAGACGUGGGAGCGAAAUGACUGGAGGUAGUUACAGACGCUAUCCCUGGAGCGGCAGGAUUUUAGCGUUCCCCUACCUACGUGUACAAAUUGGGCAAUAGCUAGCAAGGCGUAAACUUAAGUAGUACUCGAGUAGUCUGGUGAUGGUCCUGUAAGGGGUUUGGCCAGCAUAGGAACAGAGACUAGGGGUGGCUGAGCAUACUACGUUUGAUUUGAGAUGAUGUGCGACACCCGAGGUACUCGUACAGGGAUGGAAUGUCACUCGUACUCGUACAGGGAUGGAAUGUCACUCGUACUCGCAGAGUAGUAGAGAAGCUUGUCGCAAAG